ACACACACGUCUGAACAUCUUAGUUACUGCAGAGAAAGCUGGACAGAGUGAGGAAUCCGUGCCUUGACCAACCGGUGUUUUGUCGGUCUGUAGUGAAUCUAAAGCCAAAAUGUCUUCUAAACUACCUUCAGGCAAACCUACAUCCCCUUUCAGGAAGAGAGGAAGCCUGCAGUACACAGCCAGUGGAGUAGAUCUCCGUGUUGGCCGACACCUCCUCACAUCCCAGUAUUCAUUGCCUGGCAACCCUGUAACCAAGCACGGCCACAUUGACCUACGCACCUCCAUGGAUGGAAAAUACAAAGAGAUUGCAGAGGAGCUGUUCUCCCGCAGUCUGGCGGAGAGCGAGAUGCGCAGCGCUCCAUAUGAGUUCCCAGAGGAAAGCCCCAUCGAGCAGCUGGAGGAGAGACGGCACAGACUCGAGCGGCAGAUCAGCCAGGAUAUCAAGUUUGAGCCUGAUAUCCUUCUGCGAGCCAAACAGGACUUCAUGAAAACAGACAGCGCUACAGACCUGGAAUAUAUGAAAGAACAGAGCCAGACACCCAUAGAAGACUAUCCCGAGAGAGAACUCAUCCCGGAGAGAGAGUACCAGAGAGUUACUAUCUCUGGAGAGGAGAAGUGUGGGGUUCCAUUCACUGACCUGCUGGAUGCUGCUAAGUGUGUGGUGAAAGCUCUGUUCAUCCGAGAGAAGUACAUCUCUCUGUCCUUGCAGAGCUUUAGCAGGACCACAGCGCGUUACCUGCAGGAGGAGCUGAGCGAGCAAACGCCGGACAUCAACACUUUCGACGAGAUGUCUGAGUCCUCCAUCUCUGCAGAUGCAACAGUUCACCCACCUGUGUCAAAAACCCACCCGUAUGAGAGUCUUGACCCUGCCAACAUGCCACCAGCGCUGGGCUACACAUGCAAGAUGGUGGAUGGUGUUGUUCAUGUGUACACACACAAUUCGUCAGAGUUGGACCUGCCAUACCCAGAUCUUCAGGAAUACAUAGCUGAUAUGAACAUGAUGAUGGCGCUCAUCAUUAACGGGCCAGUGAAAUCUUUCUGCUAUCGGCGACUGCAGUAUCUCAGCUCCAAGUUCCAGAUGCAUAUCCUCCUAAAUGAAAUGAAAGAAUUGGCGGCACAGAAAAAAGUCCCUCAUCGCGAUUUCUACAACAUCAGGAAGGUGGACACACACAUCCAUGCCUCGUCCUGCAUGAAUCAGAAGCACCUUCUGCGCUUCAUUAAAAGAGCCAUGAAGAAAUAUCCAGGAGAAAUCGUCCAUGUUGAACAAGGCCGAGGACAAACCCUGAUGGAAGUGUUUGAGAGCAUGAACCUCACGGCCUUUGACCUCAGUGUGGAUACUCUGGAUAUGCAUGCGGACCGAAACACAUUCCACCGCUUUGAUAAAUUCAACUCCAAAUACAACCCCAUUGGAGAGUCCAUACUCCGAGAAAUCUUUAUCAAAACUGACAACCACAUUGAGGGCAAAUACUUUGGGCACAUAAUUAAGGAGGUGAUGGCAGACCUGGAGGAGAGUAAAUAUCAGAACGUGGAACUGCGUCUCUCCAUCUACGGAAGAUCAAGAGAUGAAUGGGAUAAACUGGCUCAGUGGGCCGUCACACACAAGGUUUAUUCAGAUAACGUACGCUGGCUGGUACAGGUGCCACGACUAUUUGAUGUUUACCACACCAAAAAACAGCUGUCGAACUUCCAGGAGAUGUUAGCGAACAUUUUCAUGCCUCUGUUUGAGGUCACUGUCAAUCCCAGCAGCCACCCAGAGCUGCACCUCUUCCUGCAACACGUUGUUGGGUUUGAUAGUGUGGAUGAUGAAUCCAAACCUGAGCAUCACAUCUUUAACCUGGACAGUCCUAAACCUGUUAACUGGACGGACGAAGACAAUCCUCCAUACUCUUAUUAUCUGUACUACAUGUAUGCAAAUAUGACUGUACUCAACCACCUGCGCAGGCAAAGAAACUUGAAUUCGUUCGUGUUGCGUCCGCACUGUGGAGAAGCAGGGCCGAUUCACCACCUCGUGUCUGGAUUCAUGCUGUCAGAGAAUAUUUCCCAUGGCCUACUUCUCAGAAAAGCUCCUGUCCUGCAGUAUCUAUAUUAUCUGGCUCAGAUUGGCAUUGCCAUGUCGCCGCUCAGCAACAACAGCCUAUUCCUCAGUUACCAUCGAAAUCCACUGCCUGAAUAUCUGUCCAGAGGCCUCAUGGUGUCUUUGUCCACUGACGACCCUCUGCAGUUCCACUUCACUAAGGAGCCGCUGAUGGAGGAGUACAGCAUUGCCGCUCAGGUGUGGAAGCUGAGCUCAUGUGACAUGUGUGAACUGGCCCGAAACAGUGUGCUCAUGAGCGGAUUUUCAAACCAGGUGAAAAGCUACUGGUUGGGGCCGCAUUAUAUAAAAGAGGGACAAGAGGGCAAUGACAUCCGACGCACCAACGUUCCUGAUAUCCGUGUGGCGUAUCGCUUCGAGACUCUGUGCGAAGAGCUGAAUCUGAUCACACAGGCGGUGCGGUCAGAGGAGCUGGAGACGGUCAAAGAGGAGGGAUCCCUGUGCAUGGCUUCAAUUCGCUAACAGUGUUUCACACUUUCAAUUAUUCAACCAGUGCAGAGUGUGAGUGAAAGGUGAAUCAGGGAAAUGUGGGACUGACUUUGAAUCCACAGGUAUUCCCCUAAACCCAAAUGAUGGUAAAGUAUAGUAAUUAAUUUGGACGCGUAGUGCAGGUUUAAAGGGAUGGUUCAGUCAAAAAUGUGAAUGUGCUAAUUUACUCACUCUCAGGUUAUGGAAGAUGUAGGUGACUUAUUCUUAAUAGUAUUUAGCUGAAACUGUGGUCCUUGGUGAUUCAUAAAAUGCAGUUUAACAGCUAGCAGCACUUUAAUGAAAGUUGCUGCAGAAUUUUAUUUCAGUAUGGUGAUGAAUUUCCAACUGAAAUAUAUCACUGAGUAGGAGGCGGGGUUUUAUUUUUGAGCUCCUCCUCUCAUCUAUCACUUGCAGCAAACUAACGGUUGGAGGGACGUGAAAGCAUUUUUCACCCAAUCUGUUAAAAUGACAUCAUCAGAAUAGAACUCAUACACUUCACACUCAUACACUAUGGCCAAUUUAGUUUAUUCAAUUCACCUAUAGUGCGUGUCUUUGGACUGUGGGGGAAACCAGAGCACCAGGAGGAAACCAGCACAAACACGGGGAGAACAUGCAAACUCCACACAGAAAUGCCAACUGACACAGCCGGGACUCAAACCAAUGACCUUCUUGCUGUGGGGCGAAAGUGCAAACCACUGAGCCACUAUGUCGCUGAUUAAAGACCUAAAAACUUUUUUCAAUGGAUUAAUCGUUCACUUUAAGACUAGCAAUUUUUCAUAUAAGGUAGCUUCACGAUAAUCUUGCUGAACUAGUUGUCAUCUGUAAAGUGAGUUUCCAUGUCGGAUGUCUGACUUUUAGUGGCAUUCUAGACAUUGGCUGCGUCCGAAAUUGCUACUACUUAGUGUGUAGUGCAUUUGAAUUUAAAGGUACUACUCUGCCGUUAGAAAUGUACGUUCUAUACAGUAUAAAUAAGAGUAGUAUGAAUGGAUCUCGGACGUACUACAUCCGCCAUUUUGUCAUCAUCAUGUGACCUACCCACGUCAGUUGUGUCGCUUCACUCCCAUUCAUGAAUUCUCUUGUGGUGCAUCAUGGGAUAGCGUAGCGUCCAUCAGAUGCACACAUCAGAAUCUCGUCAUCCUGGUACUUCUCGCAUACUGUUUUUCGAAUUCUAUGAAUUCAGACAUUCUACUCGGCUCUCAUACUGUAUUUAGCAUACUAUAUUCAAUUCAAUUCACCUUUAUUUGUAUAGCGCUUUUACAAUGUAAAAUCUUUUACAAUGUUACAAUUUUGUCAAAGCAGUUUCACAUAGAAGGUCAUAGUAAAUUGAAACAGUGUAGUUCACCAUACUAUACUAUAUAGUAUGGAAGUAUGCGAUUUCAGAUGCUGCCAUUAUUCUGAGUAAGUAGGAAAACUCCCACUUUUGAGUUGUCUGGACCAUAGCAUAUUACCCAUGUCUCCUGAUGAUACACUGUUAUGAAAAUAAACGAUAAGAUUGUGCAUGAAACUCAACAUUGUUACCUUUUAUCCAAAGCCAAUGGCAAAAUGACUCUGAACAUGUUUGCAAGUCCCAUUUUGACUGUAUUUUAUGAAUCACCAAACAGUUUCAGUUAAAAAAAAUCUCAGUUAGUGUUCUACUAAAGAAAAAGUCACCUCCACUUUUGAUUGCCCUAGAGUGAGUAGUUUAACAGGAAAUUUUCUUUCUUUCUUUUUUUGGAUGAACUAGCCUUUUAAAGCUCUAUUUGCUGGGAAACUGACAAAAAAGUAAAUGGCAUUGUUGACAAAAGCACAGGCAGAUUUUACAGAAAAACAACUGAAACGCAUGUUUUGUAUCUAUGAAGGCUUCAGGUGAGUUCCAGGAAACUUCAAAAAUCCCCCCUCUGUAACUGUGGACCUUUACACUGUCCAUAACCUGCAGCAUGAAAUUCAGCAAAAUGGUUUACACUGUCAUACAUAAUGAACAUUUGGUGUCGCUUGUACACUUGUUCUGAAUGCCAACAGCCAUAAACAUUGGUUUGUUGGCUAUUCUGGUGUGAACUGAAGUACCCACGCACAACUCCGUCAUGAGCCGUCAUCGUCAUGUCAUUUUUCAAUGGAUAUUAAUUUCCGUUAUAUUCUUGAUUUUAACAGUUUCGGUUUAAUGUGUUUAUUAUUGUGAUAUUAUUUAUUUUAUAGUGGCUGUAUCCAUUUUUAUGUGUCUGUAAUUGAGUAAUCAUUAGUGCUAUUUAUUGUAAAUUCCACAUAAUAUCAAAGUCAAGUUUAUUUUUUCUGCUAAA